CUUCAGUCAUUUAUCGACAGCACACAGAGAUACAACACAAUUUAAAACGAUUAUUUAUUUUAUAUUUUUCUACGAUUUAACUAACGACAAAAUGCAAAGCGAUCAAAUUAUUGAAAAAAUACGUAAUAAGUUAAGCGAAUCUGAUCCUGCUAAACGUACGGUAAUGAAUAUAUUUCAAUUUCAUUUUACCGAUUCCGAGGGACAACUAAUUAAAAGUGUGGUUUUUGAUUUUAAAGAACUGAAUAUCUAUGAAGGCAAUUGUUCUGAACCUGAUGCCGAGGUUACAAUAAGUGAUGAAAACUUCUUUAUGGUGGGCUCCAAACAAACUACAUUUGAUGAUCUAAUGGUGGACAACAAGGUCAAAGUUGAAGGGGAUAAGGAAGCUUUCAAUAAAAUGGUGGAUAAAAUGCGUCUAAAUUCAAAAACAGAAUAAUAACAUUUUUUAUCUCUAACAUGACUGUGUAGUAGUAAAAGCUAAAUUCCAUAUGUAGUGAUGAAUAAUAGAUUUAAAACUAAUUUUUCAAAUACAUUUUUGCAUGCUCAAUUAGAAAAUUGUAAUUAGAAAUAUCUAAAAUACACUGUAACAAUUUCCAUAGAGA